AGAAAACAAAAAGACGGGGGGGGGGCUUUUUUCCUUACAGGCCAGCUGCAGCGUUGUCACACAGAAGAACAGUGACAAACUUCACCAUGGCUAUCAGAUAGCUGGCAGUCACAGGUGUAUUAAUGCGAGUAAACGUUGAACGUCAACGCCUUCACGUUUCCACAGGACGGAGGACAUAAACCUGGUGGUGUUUUCCAAUCCUGUCGGACAAGUUGCAGCAAUGCCAAACGUUAAACCGCUAAGAUUCCCAUCAGCGGAGGGACGACCCAGUCCACAAGAUCUUCAAGCCCUCUGCUCUGGUAGACGUCGCACUUGUGCUUUGCUCAACAGUCCCUCACCAUGUGUCAAUAAAGCUAUUUACCAUAUCCAAGAGCUGAAGAAGACGGUGGACAGUUGGCGUCAGCAGUCUGGAAAAUAUCAGACACAGAUUAAUCAGGACAAGCACCAAUACAGCAAAACUUUGAGAUUUCAGUCCAGAGACCUGGAUACGGAUUCUGAGACGUUUACAGAGUUCAUCGAAGGCAUCGCAAUUACUGCACCAGAAAGUUGUCCUUCAACGCCUCUAGAGAAGAAAAUAAAUGAUGUCCUUGGAGAGGCUAUGUAUCUGAUUGAGCGGCUGGAGGCUGAUCGUCAGUAUGCAGAGGAAGCUCUCCGCAAAGAGAAGAAAACGAGAAGGUUUUUGAAGAACAAAGUUGACAGUAUUUCACUGUGGAAGCAACAAGAGCACUCUUUUGUAGUCCAAAAAGAGCACGAGGCUUGCAUCAGAGACAUCACCGAACUAAAGGGGCAGCUAAAACUGGAAAGAGAGAAACUUGAGCAAGCCCAGGAGAAACUGUCACACGCUGAGGUGUUGAACCAGAGCUUACAUGAAGACAUCAACUUCGCUAAAAAACAAAUUCCUAUUGUUAAAGAAAACCUGGAACUCCAGAAAGGCAUCAUAAAUCAAAUCAACACUGCACAAGCUGAGGCUGAUGAAGAAUACUCAACAGCACAAAGUGCUCUCUUGCUGAUUCAGAAGGAGCUAAGUGAGAUGGAGGUGGAAGCCAAAAAUGAAAUGAUAUCAUGGGAUCGUGAACUGUUGGUAAUAACGAGUCAGCUGACUAAGAGAUUGGAAGAUUUAAACCAGUUGAAGAUGCUUGAGAAAGCGGUAGAUGCUGAAAUAAAGGAUGCUGAAAAGACAGUGACACUUAAAGAAGAGAAGUGUGCCGCCACAACACAACGUUUCUCUGAAAUGAUGGAGCUCGAGAAAACAGAAAAAGAUAGGAUUUUGCAAUUGAAACUUCAUUAUGAGGAAGAAAUGCAAAAGAAUAAGAAAUUGCAAGAAGACAAUGAGAGAACUAGACUCCAUGGUGAAGCACAGGUUUCCCGCUUAGAAGAGCAGCUCCGUUCAAAGCGUGAUGCUUUUGCAGCUCUUCGUAAAGAAAACAUGGACAAUGAACAGAAAGUCGAAGACUACAGGAUAAAAAAUUCUGUGAGUAAGAAAGCAGUGGAGCAGAUGCGUGAGGAGAGGAAGCAGAUGCUCCAGAAAAUCAUUGACAAUGACGAGCAGUGGGAAAAGGCCGAGGAGGAACUGACCCACGUUGUUGCCCAGCACAGUGUCACUCAGACUAAACUGAAGGAGCAGGAGCAGCUCACCUUCAUGGAAGAACAGAGGGCCAGGAAAGAGAUUGAAAACCAGAAGAAGAGUCUGACAGAUCAGAGGGCUGCCCUGGAACUACUGAAGGGUCAGUGUGCAAAUAAAAAGGAAGAAUUGGAUCGACAGCAAAGAAGCUCAGAGCAAACUAACAAAAAACUUCAGAAAGAACUGGAAGAUGCAACCACAGCAACAAAAGAACUGGAGACAAAAAACGAGAAAAUCAAAAAACUGACAGAAAAUCUGGAAAAGAUUCAGUGUGAACAUGGGAACAUAUUAGUCAACCUUGAGAAGGAGAAAAAACUCAAAUGUGAACACCUGAAAGCUGCUCAGGAUUUACACAGUGCGGCUGUAAAAAGAUAUGACGACACCGUGGGCAGGAUCAGUGACCUUACGAAGAAGAUCGAAGAAUACCGAGAUGCUUCAGAUGAAAAGGAAGAAACAGUUGAAAGCAUGACAGGAGACAUAGCAGAACUACAAAGUGUUUUUGAUGUGGAGGAAUUCAAAAACAAAUCAGCUGCUCUCAUAAUGAGCACCUUGCAGUCUGAUAUUAAUAACUGCCAACAACGAACACAGCGAUCCAUGCAGACACACACUGCUCAUAUUACGGCAAGAGAAAAGAAACUGGAAGACACGAAGGAAGCGCUAAAAAUUGCACUGAAGGAGAACGAACAGCUGGCGAGCCAGUACGAAGGUCUUCAGAAGAUCCUCAUGGAGGCCAAACAGGAGGAGGUGUCUGCACUGAGCGAGAAGAACCGUGCACAUAAAUCCUUUCAUUAUUACACACAGCUCUCUUUGUUGCAGAAGAGGAUGCACAAAGAUUUGGUGAAAGACUUAGAACAACGCAGCCUCUACAGCCAGGCUGAACUGGACCGGUGCCAGGCUCUUUCUCAAGAGACCGACCAGAAAAUAAAAACAGCCCAGGAGGGGUUGUCAGCAGAAAUUCAGCUCAUCUCUGCGUUCCUGCAAUCCUUGACAGAUGACUCUACUACCACUGAUGUUGCCGGGGUCAACAAACAAGCCAGUCCAGGAUCGAAUGAGUAGAUGCCUUCAGUUCAAAUAGCAGUGUAAUUGGACAUUCACCUGUACCAGACAACUUACUUACCCUAGCACGCUUCACUAUUCCCCCCUCUUUACUUGCAGCAAAUCCAUAACAAUGAAACAGGUGACUUUCAUGCUGCUGUCAGGACUGAUCUAAUUUUAGCUGGGUGAAUGAUUGCAAUUGGCUUUGCCUCAUCAGAUAAUUAAUCUAUGUCACCAUUAAUUGGAAAAGAGAAUAAUUACAGGCAGUGUUGACAGAAAUUCUACGCUUCUCCAGAUUCCAAGAUCUAAUUACAACUAGUGAAACCCCGUGACCUUAACUAGCACUUAGUACACCUUGGCCACCUUGACCAUACCCAUGUAGACACCACUGUCUGUUGAAAGACCCUGUUUUUGUUGCCGCUCCCCGCACUCCUCCGCUCUCCUCACUCUCUGAGAGCUGUCUCCCUCAAUCACUUUUCAAUAUUCAAUCUUAAUUUUGUGGAAGUUUAGCAUUUUCAAUGAGCUGGAGAUGAAUGAUUAAUGAAUAAAUUUAAAUGCUUCAUUUUGUCCAUGGAUCAUUAGUUAAGUCCUUUGUGGGAAGGACCUGAGAAAGGAGUGAAAAUUAUUGAGACAUUAGCCUGAAGCAAUCCAGGGGUAAAUAGUGUGCACAAAAGGAUGUUGUGUGCGUACUAUCCACUGGCUUUCUAAAGAACCCGGGGGAAACACUGUUUUCAAUUUGGUAUCUUAACUGAAUCACAUUUAGUACUUGUAGAAAAUAGAUUUUUGUUUCAUCGUGUUUCAACAAUGUCAUACUAAUGGUACACAGCACAAAUGGCUGUUCCAUAUAGACUUUAAAAGUUAAGUAAAAAUAUGUCUGGAUAAAUAAUACUUUCUAUAUCUUAACAGACUUAUUACAUUGUUUUAAUUUACAUAAGAAAUUCUAAAUAAGUUAAUAACGAUGGUCUUAUGAUUCUUGAGUGCACACAUGAUUUUUCUCAAGGCCGAUGCUUUUAGACUGCUCCUUACAAAUAUGUGUUGCCCUCUCCUGUCUGUGUCUGGUUGAUAGAGACGCUGUUGUUUUGUUGAUAUGCUGGAUGCCUCUCCUACUCGGGGGGACAGAAGGGGGCAGUGUGAACACAACAACAUUAGAAAGACAUAAUUGACUGCAACACGGCUCAGUCUAGUGUCAUAAAAUGGCCAUAGCAUUUCAUCACAUCUUAAGGAUUAUUAUUAUUCAGUCAAUUAAAAUAUCAGAUUAAUAAAUAUCAUACUUUAAUACAUGUAGUCUUUUUUAUCUGCGAGUUUUAUCAGAGUUUUAAGAAAGUUUUCCUCUGUAGCUUUGAAUUUAAAUAUACUGUGUAAGAUUAUACACACAGAACAUCCUGCAUAAUGGCAUUAAUGCGGUACUUCAUAUCGACUACUCGCGUGGUGCCGCUAGAUCUCCAAAAGCACCUUGAAGAGAAAAAUGUUCAGUCUGUCUCAUAUUCCUUACUGACUAUAUGGCAAUAUCUCAAAUGAAAGUGCCUCCCCAACACAUUUAUCUGCUCUCUUUGCAUCUAAUCAAUCCCCUAAAUAAAUGAAAGUGAGCCACAACUAGAUGUCAUCACAUUUAUCUGCAGGCGUGCCUCAAAGUGCACACACCUAAAUGCUGCUGCUCUAAAGAGGGUGGACUGUGGAUAUACUGAUGGGGCCACUUGACAGCUGAGAUGUAUUUUCUAUGUUAGAUGCCUGUUUCAGUGUGAUGAGGAUGGAAUAUACAGCACAAGCCUCACUGUGUUGUUGUAGUCUGUGAUACAUCAAAGCUGUUUUAGGAGAUUUUUUUGUAUAAAGGCAGAUUUUGCAAUCUGAUUUACAGGCAGCAUGAUUCUCAAUUUCAGCCUGGCGCCACCAUGCAGACGAUGGGCCCGUUUCGUGUGGAUUCACUCCAGUGAUCACUUCUGAUCGUUGACGUGAAGCCGAGUGAAUCAGAGCAACGUUCUGCCUUCUCGAGCUAACCAAAAUUCUGUUUUGAGAUGGUUUCAAAAUCUAGGGAAAAAAUGGAGGUGUCCACUCAAACCGUCCUGUCUUUGUUCAUGAGCAAGUGGAGAGUUGAGCCAUGGAGCUGAUGGAGUCAAGGAAAGAAUCAGCUUCAGCGUCCCUAGGUGACCGCGCCACUGAGCCCGUGCU